GAGCCUUUUGGCAAAUUAAAAUGGAUUUUCACAGCUGUUGAAACACCUGUAAAGGCACAGAGUUCAUCUGUAAUCUUGUGGAAUAAUGUGGAAUAAUGACAGUGUGUGAACGUGUGUGAUCACAGCAGGAUUCAGAUACAUUUCCAUGUAAAUGGGGAGUGCUGCAGAAGAGCAGAUUUCUAGGACAUCUGGAUUGAAACGGAAGAUUUACAAACAGACAUAAAGUUAUUUUUUUAGAUUUUCUUCACAUUAACUCAACUUUCCUGAUCCACUUUACCUAUUUUGGAACAUUCUUUUACUUUGAAAUACGAGAUACUGUUUUUUUAAAAAGUUGAAAUGGAUGCACCUUCAAUAUUUCAAAAAGGCACAGAUUUCCUUAGAGGGUUUUUUCAGUGAAUCGUCUGGUGGUGCAGUAAGUCUUCUUUUCCUGACACAUAAUGUGGACAGAAAUCAUAUUUUUUUAUGCCCAGUGCCUACUGUCAAGAGUGUAACAUCCUUUGAUUUACAUUAAUAUAUCUUUAAGUGGACAGAAUCAGUUGUGGCAAGACUAAUAAGCCAACACUGCUGUUUCCAAGCCAGUUGACCUCAUCAUUAACUUUUGGCAUUCAGUUUUUUCAUGCACUUUAUUUGUUAUUAAGAAUGCUGACGUCUUAAACAUUUUAUGGAGGAUGCUGCUUUUUAUUGACAGCCAGCUUUUCAUAAACACAACCAAGACUGUAAUUGGCCAGCGUUUAAUGUUCAGACAUGUGACAGUCAUGUUCCAGAAUGGAUUUCAUCGGAUUUUCUCAACAACUAUCUACCCAAUGUGAACUGAAAUUAUCAUCAUUUUAUACUUCUUCUGGAUAUUUGCAGGAUCUUGGGUAUAAUUUUCUUGAUAAUACCAACAAGAAAUCAGAAGCCAUUUUAAUGUCUGUUUAAAUUUUGAGCCAUCUCGAAACAAACCUGUCACCAAGCACAGGUAUGAAUUUUUAGAUAUCAGAGUUUUGGAAUCAGAUUCUUUAGUGAUUAUUAGGGAUGUUAUAAUGCUAACUGACUUUAAUGCAUUAGUAUUCAAGUCAAGUGGCUGAACAGUCAUCACCAGAGAAACAAGCUCUCUUUGACUCACCUUGUUAGCACCUACUCUUAUUUUUUUUGUUCCCACCUUGAAUUACAGCCCACAGGAUAUGUCAACAUUUUAAUCUGCAAUAUUUUUCAUCACUGAAUGUGCCAGAUUUUGGCUCAUUGACCCUUGAGAGUCAGGACGCACCUUGCCAAGUUUCACAGCAGGACCUUGUGAACGUCCCAUCCUUCGAAAUAACCUGUUCCUGCCUCAGGGGGGAAACUCUAAGCCCGUCCCAUCACUGCCAUGGUGAUGUCACAGGGCACUUAUACCUUCCUGGCCUGUUUCGCCGGCUUCUGGUUGGUCUGGGCCCUUAUCGUCAUGCUCUGCUGUUUCUGCAGCUUCCUUCAGCGCAGGCUGAAGCGCCGCAAUGAGGAGAGGCUGAGGGAGCAAUGUCUGCGAACCGUAGAGAUGGAGCCACUCAGCUGUCACCCCGCGGGAUACCCGCCUGCUCCUCCUCCUCCUCUACCUCCUCCACCACCAUUACAGCUGCCCAGAGAGCCACCGCAGUUCUGCCCUGCUCAGACGCUGUCACCGCCUGUUCCUCUGCAGGUUCCUCAUCCCAUGCCACAAGCAAACUGGAUCAGCAUGCCAGACACAGACUUAUUUGGGAAGCCGCCCUGUUAUGAGGAGGCAGUCCUAAUGGAGGAUCCUCCCCCACCUUACAGUGAGGUCUUGGCUGACCCACGAGGGGGCACCUAUCUAAAGCCUGCCACGCUCCGAGGAGCACCACCUCCACAGCCUCCUCCUCCGCUCAGGGAACACCAGGAUCCUGUUCCAGUGUUCACGUCUGAGACCAGCAAACCUCCCGUGGCAGCCGUAUUCCCCAACCGCGGUUACUCCUCCCUGAUACGCCUGCCUUCAUCACAGCGCUGGGACUCCCUGGGUCAUCUUCUGUCCAACAUGGACCUGAACCACAACAACCUCACACCGCCAGGGCCACGCUCAAUGCAGGCUGCUGCCGCGAUGGCUACCAUGCCCCGCCGAGAGCCCAGGACUCAGCAUGAUGGACUUGGGCUCCAAGGUGGAAUACAAGGAUUCCAAGGAGGCAUACAAGGAUUCCAGGGAAGCAUACAAGGACUUAGAGGAGAAUUGCAAGGACUUCAAGGGGGCAUACGGGGGUUUCAAGGAGGAUUACAAGGGCUUCAGGGAGUUCAUAGACUGAGGGGACUGGAGCCCAGCUGUGGCCUGCCUACAGCUUUCCCCCUGCUGGGUCGAAGCACCGCUGUCUAGACAUGAAUGCUGACUGGAAGAGUCUACCAAACCAAUAAGUUGGUCCAUCUCUGAAGAGCCUUCAGGCAGGAGCUCUAUUAAAACAGACUCCCUGUCUGUAUGCCUCCUUUGCUGCUCCGUGUUUACAGCACUAGUAGUCGAGUUUUAAUUCCCUCAAGAGUUAAAAGAGGGUUUAGGUGCUGCAAAGGCAUCAGGAAUUAAACUCCCCCGUGCAGCUCAGUGAGCGAAGGGUGCCACUUACACUGCUGGGAUUGUGGUUCUCAGCUUUGUGUUAAGGAGGAAAUUACAUACUGUUUCACACCAGUGUUGUUGAGUUACAGAAGCAUCCUGAUGUUGUAUUGGAGCUAAUUGCGUCAUGGUUCCUUUAGCAGAGAAGAGAAAAGGAUCGGUAACGAGUUUAAAGGACAAACAACAAGCACAGACAUUUUUCCACCUUUUAUCCCUUCAUUUUCAUCUCCACCUCCCCAUCUCGUGUCACCCUCUCGUUCUGUUCAUCCCUCCUCUCCCCUCUCCUUGCCAGAGCAACCUAUUGUACCAGUCUGCCGUUGCUAUGGCUCCCGGGAACUGUCUGUUGCCCACGACGACCUCUCCUCUUUUAUCUGCUCUGAUUUUCUGACGACUCUGUUCACAGCUUGUCUCGUCUCAAGGACUGUGAGUAUUAACAUUUACAAAAGAACACGUGGUGACCCAUCGGAGGGACUCAGCCACCAUGUUUGUGACAUUAGAGCCUGAGGGCCAGUUUUCACAUUGACAGCCAAAAAAAGGCAGAGUACAACCAGCUCUCCAGAGAACCAAGGGUACUUGGAUUGCAUUGUGUAACAUGCUGCUUCGUUGUCGUCAAUGUCUUUACUACAAACUGUUGUAGUUUGACCUCAGCAUGGAGAUUACAAGCCUUUCUCAUGGUCAAAGGAUGGCUUCAGUUGCGUCUUAUGUGGAGAAAAAAAAUGUCAUGUAUAAAUUUCUUUUCAUUCUUUUAUGCUUUGUGAUGAAUGCUUUUUUUCCUGGCAGGGCUUCUUCCAAUGAUUUAUGGAGGGUUUUUUUUUCUUUAAAAAGCCAAAUGGGACCAGCUAAUUGUGUUUUUAUGCUUACCGCAGUAUACUGUAACAAUAAAUAUUGGAUCCCUCCAUGUGGAGUAUCUUGAAAUCAAAAUUAAAGCCAUUAACUUCA